AUGCCGCUCAGAUCCCCAUCAACGACCUUCCUCCCCCACUCCUCUCCCCUCUCUGCUACUACUACCAAUCUCACUACGAGCACGACCGCAUCCUCCGGCGCCUCCCCCUCACAGCUUCCACUUCCAUCGCCAGACGACCCGGCGCUGCUCAUCCCUACCGAUCGAAGUCUGCAUGAGCUGGAAUCCCAAGCGGGGAGCUCGGCGAGCUCGGGGGUGAGCUGGUUAGCCCAAUUAGGAAGGCUGAGGGUGGAGCGGGAGGUGGUCCUGAGUGGGUAUGCGCUGUAUGCGCUGAGGACUUGGUAUUUGUCCAGAGACCACUGGAGCCAGAGUAUAGUCACUCAGACGGGGAAGCAGACUGAGCAGAUCUCGGUGUAUCGCCUCGUCGCCGACUCCUCUCUGUCUUCUCAAGAGGCAGAAGCAGAAGUUGCUCGAGCGACUCAGCGACUGGCUGGAGAGACCAAGUCGACCGUCCGAAAGACGGAAUGGGGGAGUCUGCUGGUGACUACCCCAAGUGCGUUCGGGCAGGAUGCGUUCUUCGUCCCUGGAGGUGACCUGCGGGAAGCCAGGCCUUAUUUGGUCGUGAACACUGGUCUGAGAAGACUGGGAUGUGGUGGACGAGCAGCUAUGACGCUCGAAGUGCCAAUACCCGCCCUCCGACGCAAAUUCCUCGAAGUCUAUCGCCUGCCCCCACCCCCUUCUCACCCCGCACUAUCACGCACAACCUCCCCUCAGUCCUCGCCAUCCAAGUCCACUUCGCAUCCCCACUCACCUCACAGCCCUCGUCCAGCCGCCGCCGCCGCCUCAGUCCUGACUGACCCGCUCUGCCUCAUGGUGCUCGAAGUGGUCCGGCUCAUUCAGGCCUCUUUGGCGCUGUGGGGCAUGUUUCCGUCCGAUGAGAUUGAUGGCCUGUUCUGCGAUGAGACCAAGAAGGGAAUCGGGGUGUGGAGGAGGAGUAUGGGGAUGGAGCAUGAGGAGAGCUUGAAGAUUGAGAAAGAGACUUCUGGGGGUUGCAUCGAUCCAAAGACGCUGGCGGUGUUGCUAAGCUCGAUUACGAGUACCUACUACCAGCUAGCUACGCUUGGUCAGGAGAAGCUGCCUCGGGAUCCUUUCAUGUCGAAUAGGAUACACCGCUUCCUCGGUAUAUGGCAUACGUAUCAUAUGUCUUCCGGACACUCAUCUCCUCCUGUCAACUUCCUCUCGGUCGCUUCCAUCCGCGCCCUCACGGUUGACUUUCACACUCACCGCUUUCGAUCCGGCACCGACCCUCUCCAAGUCCAUCGUCGAUUCUUCUCUGGAGUCGCAUCAGCCACCUCGUCCAUCUCUGCCAACCUCAAAGUCGGUCACUUGGAUGACACCCCUCUCCGAAAGCGGGAACAUCACUCCCCGUCCCGCUCCAACACGCUCAUCGAGAACGGCCAUCCCAGCGGAGACGGGUCAUCCAGCAACGGCCUGAACCUUAUCUUACCCGAUGACGAAGUAGGUUCCGUAGCGAGCCCGAACGCUAUAACGAGCAAUCUCGAGUCGUAUAUUCACGGUAUACUAAAAACGAGAGAAAAGGAUCGGGAUAUCAUUGGUGCCCGCAGGAUCGGGGCGUUAUGGUCUGGGCAUCUAGCGGGGGCGGAAUGGGAGAAUGGCGGUAAGAGGAGGUUUGGAAAUCUCAGGAGGAGGACGCACUCGAUCUCGAAGGAUGCAGAGGAAGGGAUGGAGAGUAGUCCGCCGAGCGCGAGUGCGGGUGGUGUGUUGCAUGGUGUGAGGCGAACGGGAAGUGUUUUGAUCGGUGGGCUGGGAGGACUGGUCUCGCGAAAAGGGACACACUACGAGACGUCUGACUCGGAAGGCGGACCCGGCCCAAGCACACUCAGGAACGCUCCCAGAAACAAGCCAAACGUCCCGCUUGUCAUUGAGCCUGAUCUGGAAGAGGUGGACGAGCAGCUGGAUCCACGGGACUUAUCGCCCUCGCCAAUGUCUUACGACCGCAAUUUUGGCUCUCUGCCUACCCGAGCAUCGCAUCUAUCCGCGGUAUCCCUCGCCUCCAAAGCAGGCUCCAAGCGGCCCUCCAUCAUCACUUCCUUAUCUGGCGGCUCUAAUCUUUCCCUGUUGAUCCACCAUCAGGCCUUCUCAACCGAUCGGCAAGCUCAAUCAGCCGUCGAUACACGUCAACAUCUAGACCGGAGUCGCCCACCCCAAUCUGCCGUCGAGUCGCGUCAACUACAAGCCCAAUGGGAGCGAGAGGGUCCACAUCAGAUGGGCCUCAAUUUCAACCGGUACUCGGAUGUGUCAGCCUGGGCAUCAGAUUCUGAUCAACCCGGUCGGAAACGCUCCGCGAGCGAUGCGGCGGAUGUGUCGAUGGGAGAAAAGGGAUAUGAGUGGGAGAUUGUCGAUCCCCAAGGCACGCGGAGGGGAUGGCCGGGACAGCGGCCAGUAUAUCCGGAAAUAGGGGAUGAGAGGAGGAGGCGCUCUUACCAUGGUAGAACCUGUCAUCGGGGUCUGAUAGUGGUCGAGCCUCGACACCUGAACGUGGAUGUCGAGCUCGCUUAUGCGGUUCAGCAGCUCAGGAUACGAGAGGCGGAACUCGCCAAGAAGGCUGCCGAGCUACGGCAACUCGAGCACACUAUCCUCCUCGCCACAACUACCCUGCGAGACCACCUCUCUACCCGCCGCCAGGCCCUACACGACCUCAAAGCCGACUCGGCCGAUCUGACUGGCCGGCUCCGCCGUCUUCCUGACGAGGUUGACACAGACAAGACCAUUCGCGAUCUGACAAACAAGAUUGCGUACCUCACCACGGGAGACAUCGAUGGGAAUGUCAAGAUCAAGCUGGAGGAUCUGAUGGAGGAUUGGAAGGCUGCUCGGGCGGGUAAUGAGGAAAGAAGGAGAGAGGCGGAAGUGGCGGAGCAGCAGGCGCAGAAGGGGUGGUGGGGUUGGCAGCAGGAGUCUUGA